CACGGAGCCCAGUGGAGAAUCGCAGCCACGCAACUCCAACCAAAACCCUGCGCUUCGCUUUACCGUAGUAUGGCAUCAAGGAGAAUGGAGACCAAACCCGUAAUAACCUGUCUCAAGACCCUGCUGAUUGUCUAUUCCUUCGUGUUUUGGAUUACGGGGGCGAUCCUCCUGGCAGUGGGACUAUGGGGGAAGUUUAUGCUGGGUCCGUAUAUCUCCCUGAUUGCUGAGAACUCCACCAACGCGCCGUACGUGCUCAUCGGCACGGGCACCACCAUCAUCGUGUUCGGCCUGUUCGGAUGUUUCGCCACCUGCAGAGGGAGUCCAUGGAUGCUCAAACUGUAUGCAAUGUUCCUCUCACUGGUGUUCCUGGCAGAGCUGGUUGCUGGCAUCUCUGGCUUUGUUUUCCGUCACGAGAUUAAGGGCACCUUUCUGAGGACCUACAAAGAGGCUGUGCAGAAUUACAAUGCCCAGGAUGAGAGGAGCCUGGCGGUGGAUAAUGUCCAAAGGAGUCUUCGUUGCUGUGGUGUGCUUAACUACACUAGCUGGUUCUCCAGUGUGUAUUUCCCAGCUAGUGGAAUUCCACCCAGCUGCUGUGCCAACAUCUCUGACUGCCAUUCCUCAGACCUGCGCAACGCUACCAUAGCCCCUAGCAAAGUGUACCAGCAGGGAUGUUAUGAGCUGGUGACUUCCUUUAUUGAGACUAACAUGGGCAUCAUCGCCGGGGUGACAUUUGGAAUUGCCUUCUCACAGCUCAUCGGGAUGCUGUUGGCAUGUUGUCUUUCACGGUUUAUCACUGCUAACCAGUAUGAGAUGGUCUAACAGUGGGUGCAGCAGGGAGGCUUGAAGUGGGCAUACGUCAGUUCAGAGACCUGGGGAGAACUCCCUAGAAAUUAGCACACUCCAUUCUUCUUUUCUUUCCAUCUUUCUCUCCCCUGUUCUCUCUCUCUCUCUCUCUCUCUUUCCCUCUCUCUCAUGACUGCCUUUUUUCACCUUUCUUUGCUUGCGCUCUCUCUGUCUCUCUCUCUCUCUCUCUCUCCACUAUUUUAUAGUGUAUCAUUCCUAAUUGUGCAUUUUGUGGAUCUUCUUUUAAAACCCUUAACUUUAUUCUAUACACACACACACACACACACACACACACACACACACACACACACUUUUCCUCUUUCUCUCAGCUCUGUGUAAAAACAUGCAUGCUGAUCCAGUUACACUACAUCAUUAAAAAAAAAAAUUCAACCUGCAUUUUUAUCAAUUAACCAAAACUCAACUGACUUAAUUGCGUUGUAGGUAUAGUUCAUUGUCUGAUACGUUUUUAUUUUUCUUCCCCAAAAGAAAAACAAACCAAUAAUAAUGACUUUUUCGUUGUUGUUGUCGUCGCUGUUGCCGUACGUUCGCUGUAGUGAAGUCUCUGGUGGAGGGGCGUACCGCGUGCCACCAUUAAAGCUCCGCGCCGCGUGGCCUCGGGCGCUCGUGGUCCGAGAUCGCUGGUUUCCACCACUCCCGGGUCCUGCCACAGCUCGCGCCACAGCCGACUGCAGCGCUGUAGCUGACCGAGUUAUUUAAAAACACUCCGUUUUUAGGGCGUGAACGCAUAUGGUUGGAGCUGGGCGGAUUUUUACUCUUGAAUUCCGCGACAAUAAGAUAAUUCUUGUGAUUUUAUGGUUGGUGACGACAUAAUUUUUACAUGCACCUAGGUGUGACUUUUUAAAAAAAAAAAACAAGCUACGUUACCUUUUAAAAAUGUCCCCAAGCCCGUGACACAAACGCAUUUUGUGAAAAGUCAUUGCCACUGAGACAAUCUAGGUGGUAAAAACAAAUCAAACAUUGUCACUUUUGCCUGAAAACAGGCCAAAAACCUAUCCUCCAUCAAUAUAUAUAAAAACCUAGCUAGCCCGAAAACGAUUAUAUAGAGAAAACCCCAGAUAAAUUCAAGAAAACCAGUAAUGGAAUAAACCCCCUACAUAUUGUAGCGGCUUUUGCUACUUAAGUCGUCUCCAUUUCCCAGGCUGCAGUGCGAGGCACUGGCUCAAACGUUUUCCCCUCGCCACGGUCCGGAUGGAUGAAAUCCGGACACCCCCGACUCCAGUGCUGGAGCUCGGGCAGGUAUAGAGGUGGCAGUUUGCGUAGGCCGUGGGAGUGCGGCUCUGGGAGGGUUUUAAGGCAUAUGGUGGAAAUCACUGCAUCUAUGACUCACUUUCCGCUUGGACUGAACCGUGACGUGAGUUAAAGCUAAUCCAGGCUGCUGGCGCCAUGUUUAAAUUUGUGUGGUUUUUUUUUCUUUUCUUUUCUUUUAAAGGAUAUUAUUGCCAUAAUAUGAAUACUUGUUUAUGUUUUAACUGUUUUAAGUCUUACAGAUUUUCCUAGUGUUGAUGGAUUAUUCAGUAUUACUUAGUCAAUAAAACCAUAGUCUGUGAAUAUGCUAGAUCAACCACACAAUCUGAAGACAAGCGAAUCAAUAAUACUACUUUGUAUAAUAAAACCUAAACUUUUUAAAACGCAUCACCAGCUGGCAUGCCAACAAAAUGUAUGUUGAUAUUGUAAACAACUGUGAUCUCUGUUAAUAAAAUGGUCAUUUCAUCGUU